AUGGAUGAAUGGGAGCAGUGCACCUGCGGUUCGCACAACUGUUCCGGUAAUGGGGUCUGCAUAGACGGUGUUUGCCGCUGCUUUCAGGGCUGGGUGGGGGAAGCCUGCAAUCAGCCCCUGGGCAGUGUUCACUUCAUCGAAGCCUCCUCUGCUAGCCCCAAUUCGGCCGCGCCUCCGUCCCCCGCCUCCCCGGUGCCAGCCAGAGGCGAAAAUGAUUUUGAAUCAAGUGACACCACCCGCCUCCUUAAGGACUCGCCAGCCUCCGACCUCGCUGACGCCUUUUGCUCCUUCAACGGGCAUCGCGACGCUAACGGCCUGUGUCGCUGCAAACCUGGAUUCGAGGGGAAAACCUGUGAUAAAGACGCUUCCUGCACAAGCCUCUGCGUACACGGAGUUUGCAUCGAACGCAGCCAGUCGCCACUGGUUGGAUUUCCGUCCUCCCUCAUGUCGGUCGCCCCCGCCGUCUGCCUUUGCAAUGACGGUUGGCGCGGCGUCUACUGUGAUAUCCCGACCUGCGGCUCGGCAUGCCUUCAAAACGGCCAAUGUGUGGACGAUGUGUGCGUCUGUAAUCGCGGCUGGAACGGUCUCAAUUGUAAUCUGUAUGGCCUCAUAGAUUGUUUGGAUCCAGACUGCUGCGGCACUCCGCACUGCGAAAAGUUGACUCGGGUCCGGGGGAAUCAGCAAGCUGUCGAAGACGCUCGCGAAAGCUGUGCCCAUAGUAACGACCUUAGUGGCCUCAUUUUAAGCACCAAGGUCGCUCCACCUGGGAGCAGUUUUUAUGAACAGCUGGAAUUUCUCAUGCUUCGAGACGUCACAACUGACAAAGCUAAUCCACGACGUGUCUCGGUCGUUCGUGGUGUGGUCCGUCAGUGGGAUGGCACUCCCUUCUGGGGUUGCAGAAUCUUCGAUCGGCUGAACCUCGUGGUGGGCUCCACCCUCACUGACAAAAACGGAAGGUUUGAGCUCGUUGUCGAGGGUGGCUACCUUGUUCAUCUGGAAUUUGUGCGUCACCCAACAAGCCGGUUUACAGCCCAGCUAGACUUGUACGUGCCCGUCAACCAGAUUGUCAACCUGGGUGACUUCUACCUGAUGGAUAGACUGUUUGACUCCGCUCAUCGGAUGCCAGCACCA